GAAAGUUGAAAAAUAAAUGAUUCCCACUGGACAGCUGUAAUUGCUCAUUGCAUCUAACGGAUGCGUUAGUAUCUUGCCGGCACGGCAGGAACUAAUAAUAAAAUACACAUUUCACAACUCUGAAAAUGCUCUCGGAAGUCUGCAUACUGGAAUCUUCCAUUAAUACCUACCAUGGAGAAAUGCGAAGAUGUUGUGGUUGUAGGAGGGGGAGUUGCAGGGCUAGCCACUGCACUUGCUCUCCAUAGGGUGGGAUUGAAGAGCCUGGUACUUGAGCGCGCUGAUUGCCUUCGAACUGCCGGCGCUGCCUUCAUCAUGUGGCCUAAUGCCUGGAAAGCACUUGAUGUUCUCGGCGUAUCAGAUUCCCUUCGCCCAUUUUACUCUCAACUUGACGGGAUUCGGGGCUCUUCAAUUUGCACUGGUGUCUGUAAGAAUGUCCCCCUCAAUAGUGGAGGCAAAGGGGAUUCAAGUAUGAAACUGGAAUCUCGGUGCAUAGAAAGAAUGACACUUUUGGAAGCGCUAGCCAAGGAAUUGCCUGAGGGGAGCAUCAGAUUCGACUCCAAAAUCGUUUCCCUACAGAGAGACACUCUCUCCCCUUUCACCACACUAGAGCUUGCAGACGGAACAUCCCUCACAGCAAAGAUUGUGAUAGGAUGUGAUGGAGUGUACUCAGCGGUUGCAAGAUAUAUGGGCCUCCCACCAGCCAAAUCAUCCGGACGAGUUGCCAUUAGAGGCAUGGUCACAUAUACAGAAGGCCACCAUUUCGAGAAGCUCAUGGUACAGCUUUGGGGUAAAGGAGCAAGGGCAGGGUUUCUCACUUGUACCGACAAAAAAGUUUACUGGUUUGUGACUAGGAGAUCCCAUCCACAAGAUGCAGAGAUCUGUGGGGAUGCUGAGAGGGUUAGGCAUACAACUCUGGAGAUUGUUAGAGAUUUCCCUGAGCCCAUUGCAGAACUAAUAAAGUCGAGCCCAGCGGAGACCAUUAAUAUGGCAGAUCUAAAGGUGAGGUGGGUUUGGCCAUGGGAGUGGGGAAGAGGGAUGGAAAAAGGAAAGGGAAGUGUAACCAUUGUUGGAGAUGCGUUGCACCCAGUGACGCCUGAUCUUGGUCAGGGCGCCUGUACGGCUCUAGAGGACGCUGUCCAUCUCAGCAGAUGCUUAGAACAAGCCAUCAAAUCUGUAAACAUGGCGGAGUGGGGAGAAGCCGAGGUGGAAAAGAUAGAAUCCUGUUUCAACAAAUACCUAGAGGAGAGGAGAUGGCGAAUAUCUGGUAUUGCAAGUGCUGCAUUUGUGAUAGGACUUAUACAGGAGGGAUCCUCAAGACUCGCACGUUUUAUUCGUGAUUGGAUUUUCUUCCCUUUGUUCUCUAUGAGAUAUAUUCUCUACUUUGUACACAAUUAGACAAUGGAGCCCUCUUCCCAUUUCUGCAUUGAAAUGAAAAAUUUGUCCUACCACCUUUGUCGAGUGCGUAUUUGGUUUCUUUGUUCAAGACCUGAUAAAACAAGAUGAGCUCCAUGCUUCAUUUUAUGAAAUGGUCAGUUGUGCGGCUGUCAGACAAAUGAAUGGAUUACCAACUAGAAGACGUAAUCAUGAGUGAAAACCUGGCUACCUAUUGGGAGCUAACAUGUUGAUUCCAUGGCCAUAUAAAAUUUAUAAGUUUGGUGGAUUGGUUUAAGGAAAUGUAUUCUAAAAGUUAAAUUAGUAUAUUUAUGAUAUUUUUGGUGGACUGUUUUUAAUGUAAUUAUAUGUUGAUAAUAGUAUAUUUUUGUGUUUGGAUUGGUUCA